GGAGAGAAAUUGACACAUCGCGUGCCGUGGUUGGGUAGAAGUUGACCUGAAUAAGUACGUCUGGUCCUCAAAAUGUCUGCCAUCGAAUACAAUAAUUUGCUUUUCAAAAUAAGCCAGAGACUGAACGAGUUGAAUGUAGGAAGACAAUUGCUUGUUAUGUGCAGAGGGAAGGUGGCGCCUCGCGAUGAAGAAAACAUGCAAGAUGUCUUCCCGUUGUUUGUAGAGUUGGAGCAGAAUGGUUUUCUUAGUGCAGAUAAAUUGAAUAUUUUAAAAGAUCUUUUAAAAGGCCUUGAAGAAUGGUCACUUUUUGGGAAUGUCAAAUCGUUCGAGAGUAAACGAAAGGAAUACAACAGCUUGCUGGAGAGAAUUAUUCAUGUUCUAGAGGAGCUCGAUUGCCUCGAACAACUUGUCGCCAUUUGCAAUGAUCGGAUACCGGAAGAAAAGCAUAGCAGCAUACAAGAUGUUAGAUCACUUUUCCAGGAGCUGGAAAACAAUGACUCUUUAGGGAUCGAUCACCUUGAGGUCCUUAAGGAGAUUUUGACCCGACAGGAGAAAACUGAUUUACUUCGGGAAGUGGAGGAAUUUGAAGACGGAAAAAACCAAGAGGAAGAAUUUGAAUGGCGAAAAGGUAUUGUUACCGUUCUAGAUUCUUCUUUGGGUAUAUCCUAACGAUCCGUCGCGGCGGUUUUUGCUGAUUCUACUUUUUUCUCACCCUUAUAACCUGUUUUAGGACCAUUUUUUGAACUCAGAGGGACCAAACGAAUGUCUACUGUCUCAAUAUAUAAUUACGAAAUAUUUCAUUUCUCUUUAAUACAAUAGUUCUACCUAAUAUCAUGUAAUAUUAUUAAUUACGCACUGUCUACGCCGCGUCCAAGUCCGAUCUUACAUACCUGUACAAUGUUUCUUAGACCGCUGUUUUAAAAGGAAAUAUACGUCUAAGCCUGUAAGUGUUUAGGCAAGAGGCAAGACCGUAAAAUUUUCAGAAAAGUUUCUAAUGCUAAAGGACAUCCACUUUUAUCUAUUAUGCCUCGUGUUGAACCGNGAGAAUUAUUCAUGUUCUAGACGAGCUCGAUUGUCUCGAACAGCUUGUCGCCAUUUGCAAUGAUCGGAUACCGGAAGAAAAGCAUAGCAGCAUACAAGAUGUUAGAUCACUGUUUCAGGAGCUGGAAAACAGUGACUCUUUAGGGAUCGAUCAUCUUGAAGUCCUGAAGGAGAUUUUGACCCGACAGGAGAAAACUGAUUUACUUCGGGAAGUGGAGGAGUUUGAAGACGGAAAAAACUAAGAGGAAGAAUUCGAAUGGCGAAAAGGUAUUGUUACCGUUCUAGACUCUUCUUUGGGUAUAUCCUCACGAUCGGUCGCGGGCGGCGGUUUUUGCUGAUUCUACUUUUUUCUCCCCCUUAUAACCUGUUUUAGGACCAUUUUUGUACUCAGAGGGACCAAACGAAUGUCUACUGUCUCAAUAUAUAAUUACGAAAUAUUUCAUUUCUCUUUAAUACAAUAGUUUGUACCUAAUAUCAUGUAAUAUUAUUAAUUACGCACUGUCUACUCCGCGUCCAAGUCCGAUCUUACAUACCUGUACAAUGCUUCUUAGACCGCUGUUUUAAAAGGAAAUAUACGUCUCAGCCUGUAAGUGUUUAUGAUUUCUUAGAGAGGCAAGACCGUAAAAUUUUCAGAAAAGUUUCUAAUGCUAAAGGACAUCCACUUUUAUCUAGUAUGCCACGUGUUAAACCGUCCAGUUACAAUCUUAGGAAAGAGACUUGUUUUAGACCUAAGAUUAACACUAUGCGUUUCAAAAGCUCUAGUUAUUAAUCGUUGAGUUUUUAAUAUGAAUUAGCUAUGCAAUAUACUAGAUUUUUUAAUUCUCAUUUUUUACCUUUUUAAAAUUUCUUACACUUACUUGUAACGAAAGAUAUGUAUUUUUUUGAUGAAUAAAGACUUAUAAUAAUAAUAAUAAUAAUUAUUAUUUUAGCACAAGCAGCUGCGAUAGCGUCGUCGGCCAGCAGCAAUUUAGCUAGAGGUAAGUUGCCCUCGUAAUUAUUAAGCUCCAUGCACAUAACGGGAUUCCCACCACCCAACCCCCCGCCCCCCCGCCCCGCUCCCCCCGCUGGGGAGACACAGCCUCCUGAACAGAGACAAAGAUCUGAGUCCGGUGAUUUUUCUCAUAAGUGAGAAGUAUAUGUUAAUUUUUGUUAGGAUUGAUUAGAGCAUUAGAUCUUCUGUUUAGUAUUGAUAUAAAAUAUUUAGACACUGGAAAACUGUUUAACAUUUCACGACCAGUGAACCUAUGUUAGAACUCUCAGUCAUAGCUAUAUCUUGGUUUUAAUGCUUCUUCAGAUCAGAUAGCUGAUAGACUUCAAAACAGUCUGACCUUUUCAGUGCGCAAUUCAAGAACGUGCAAGCGGUCAAUGAACAUCUGGAGCGAGAGGAAGCCGUGCACGCUCAAGCACCAGCUCCAUUGGCUGCCUAUCAAACAGAUUUAAUUGAUCUUAGAGACUCGGUUAUGGCAUAUAGCCUUUCAUAGAUUUUCACUCCUGCAAAUCAAGUACCCAGGGGGGGGGGGAGGGGGUACUCCUGGGAAUUCUUGGUGGGGGUGUGCCGCCCGGUUCUCCAACACCUGACCUUAUUCCAGACCAAAAAAUAUAAUUUCCCACACCCGUUUUCAGACCUGACCUUUAGACAGAAAUUAUGUUAUCACUGUACUUAGACUAGAGCGCAAACACAAAAAUUCUUCAAAUCCGUUUCGAGUUCGCAUACUUCUCUUUCUUUCUUACUCAGUUGGAAUUGAAACGAUGAAUACGUUCAUACACUCCUGUAGUUCCCUCAAAAACCAUACCCGUUUCCAGACCAAAAUGGGCAACGUGUAUACCCGCUUUCAGACCAAAACGGCGCAAAAACCCUACCCGAUGGGCAGAACAUACCUAUAUAGCUUAUAUAAGGGGGUACCCCCGGUCAAGUCUUGCAUUUUUUGUUUAAAAAAGAGUUCAGAGGACAUUUUUUGAGACUUUAUUACUAUUUUGGCUUAAAAUUGUUAUUGUCUUCCUUGAUUUUCAGUUCUGAACAUAAAGACAUUGUUCAAAGUGGCUGCAGGGGAUACAAUUAUAGCGUCUGCCUAUCAGCUACUGAGGCGUGGCUGCACAUAUGAUCAGUUCGUAACUGCUGUUAAUACCUGCGUCCUUCCUGCUGACGUUAAACUGAUGCAAAUAGCUGAAGGGAGCGUAAUCCUCAAAGUUCAAGCCGAAAACAUUUCAGCUCUUAACGCCUUGUGGUGUUUAUACACAGACGGGAAGCUUAAGGAAUCCCUUCAAGCUUUGUUUUUCAUUGAUGAAUUGAGAGAACUUACUGGGGAAGAACAAGUGGAAGUGAUUGUGACCAUUGACGAAGAAGAAUACGACCAAGCCCGUGAGGAGUCAUCAGUGAAGCACAAGUUGAUUUUUUUUUCCAGUUAACAUUAACGCACAGAUGAUACCUAAUUUCAUCUUCAAAACUGGAAGAGUGUUAGAUGAGGAAAAUCAUUUUAGUUGUGAACUUGGGUAGCAUUGAACCCGGAAAAAUUAUUAUUUGAUUAGAUAGGUAUUUUGGAUCCUCUGUUUUCCUUACGUUACUUCGCUCUCUUUCCACAUGCAGAAGCUUCUUUGGGUUACAGGGAGGCUGAGAAGAGAGAAAAAGAAAGCGCGCGUGAGUACGCCUUUCCCUCUUUCCAACGUUCCCGGCCGCGCGUCUACAAUUUUUAUGUUUAUUAUUAAUUUUUUUUUUCAUGGAAUCCCUGAGGGAGCCUCUGUUUAGGAGAGAGAGAGAGUUAUGUUCAUUAUUUUGUUUACACUUGGUUUAAUUCUAUCAUGUAAAGGUCCUGAUGUGCAGAUGGAGGAGUAGCAGGAGAAAGUCGCUUACAUUCAGAAUUAUUUAGCACAAACCAAGGAUAUCGACACACAAAGCUUCACAACAGAAACGAGCGACAGUGGAAUAUCGAGAUCACAUGCUGCUCCUUCUGAACUUGGCGGACCUGAGGAAGCCAGCGGUAAGAUGUCACUUAAGUUUUUGUUGGAGGUUGUAUUUAAACUGAAGUCUAAUUGCAGAUAUGUCCGCGCAGUUUCAUUUUUUUUUUCAAGUUCAAAUUUAUUCAAUAUAUAUAAAAACUAUUACAAUCAAAUGUAACUGACCUGCAGGUAGCUAAACUAAUCGAGGCAGGUUCCACAUUAAACAAAAAAGGAAAAAGGAAAACUAAUUAAACGACAAAAAAAGGAACUAUUAUGACAGGUACACAUAUGUAAAGAGAGAAGAGUUGUAAGUUAAAGUUUGGCCAUGAUUUUAUCAUUAUCUAGUACUAAUAGUUGUCUUCGGUUUUCAGCAUAUGUAAUAAAGUUCCUUUAAUUUUUUUUUUCUGAGGGUCUUCUUUGAUAUAAUGUUUUUAAAGCUAUUUGGCAUAUCAUUCCAUAUCGUUGCGCCAACACAAGAGAACGCAUUCUUUUGUAUAUUUAAGUCAAGAUUUUUUGAUAUAGAAGUGUUCUGAAGUUGAUGAACGUGUAGAGUAGUGAUGUGAAUUUGAUGUCCUUGAAAACAAGUUCAAAAUAUUUAUCGCUGCAUUUCUUUCGUCUAUGUCGUGCAUUAAGUUUAAGACGGAUUCAUAAUACAAGAAAUUCAGUGGCAUUAAUUUAGCAUUUUGAAUAAAGGAAUAGCAUGAUGUCUGUUUGCAGAAUAUAUAAAGCGUAGUGCACGAUUUGAAGGAUAAGUAUUUGUCGAUAUACGUUUUACAGGCGUUUCCCCAAGAGAUAAGACCAUAGGUUAGGUUAAUCGAUUAAUUGAAACGUCAUCAAUUCCAAGCGCGACUGCCUUAAGCAGACUGAUAUUGUUAUGGUAGCUGUUGAAUUUAAUUUUAUCUUGAAUCGAAGGCACUGAAUUAAAUUUUCUGGACCCCGGAAUUUAUCUUCCGAUAAGUUUCAAGCGCUUAAUAGGUCUAAAAAUAACUUUGGUAAAAUUCGCAUAUAACAAGAGCUAGACUGGACGUUUCCCGGCCUCUCUGAUCCAUUAUUCUCUCUUGGUUUAAUGUACUGAGUUGAUGAUAUUAGGAAAGGUUCAAGACGCUGACCUUAGGAGCGCUAGCUGAUACAGGUCAGAUUGAAUCGAUUCGCUCUGACGAAGAGAUAGCACUCCGAGAGUUAGCACUUUUGUCUGAAAUUGUAAUUUCUUUACCCACGAAGCAACAUUUCUAAAUUUCAAAUCGUCCUGGAAAGCACGGACACGUUUAAACGAGUACCUAAGAACUGUCAGUGGUUUUUUAGGAGAAGGGAAAACCGGAGCACGGGGAGAAAAACCUCUCGGAGCAAGGUAGUGAACCAACAACAAACUCAACCCAAAUUAUACGGUGUCGACACCGGGAUUUGAACCCUGGUCAAAUUGGUGGGAGCUCAAGGGGGGUGCUCUCACCACAGCGUCACUACCCUUGCACCCUAAAAAAGAAUGAGAUUUCAUAUCGUAUUCAAGUUUAAGUUCUCAUUUGAAAUUUCAAUGAAUCAACGAGGUGAUUACUGAUUUUAACAUUUCGCUAAACUAUUUUUUCAGCUGGGGGAAAUUAACUAGUCGCAUUUCUUAUUUUUCUCUUCUUUGUAGAUUCCAAUUGAAAUCUUUGCUUAAAAGAUUUAGAUAGCGCAGUGACGGAAGAAUUGGCACGGAGACUCCAAAAUGACCUAACUGUUCUGCAGCAAUUUUGCAAGGCAUUUGGACUCGACCCUGAGAAACUGAAACCCAAUAGGCUGCAAAGAAUAUGUGAAUUGUUUCCAGACACCACAAUGAAGCUGUUAAGAGACGUUUUUGAGGAACUGCAGUUACAUGAUCUCGUAGAGUUCCUAGAGAAAGUGAAACCACGCACACUUCGUCCUUCUGUUCCCUUGAAAGAAAUGAGGAAGUUCCUAAACGCCAGUGAACGACCCACAAAGUUUUACAGCAAGGCAGAGGUUUUAAUAAUCGCGUACACUGAUAAGUCAGAUGCUGGAGACGCAUGUUUUGAAAACAUCGGAUCUUUUUUCGAAGGGCUACAUUCAAAGAGCCAGAUAACGGAAGUAACAGUGAAUGUUGCAGGGCAACUGGAUAAAGAUCUGAACAGUUUCCGGUCUAGAAAGGAAACGGAAGAAGCAAAUUACCGGAACGCAAAGAAAACGGAAGCGACGACAAAGGAGGUUCUAGAAAAAAAAAACUCCCUAGGAGUUUGUACGGCUCUUCCAGAAGAGCAAAAAUACCGGACGCUAUUAAUACAAACAAGCAACUGUUAAUGCCGUUCUUCAAAGAGGAACCGGGAAUGAAGUUGAAACUACAAAGGGUGAUAGAAUAUAGAGAGCAACUAAAUCUAAACAUAGAGAAAAUNGCCAGAUAACGGAAGUAACAGUGAAUGUUGCAGGGCAACUGGAUAAAGAUCUGAACAGUUUCCGGUCUAGAAAGGAAACGGAAGAAGCAAAUUACCGGAACGCAAAGAAAACGGAAGCGACGACAAAGGAGGUUCUAGAAAAAAAAAACUCCCUAGGAGUUUGUACGGCUCUUCCAGAAGAGCAAAAAUACCGGACGCUAUUAAUACAAACAAGCAACUGUUAAUGCCGUUCUUCAAAGAGGAACCGGGAAUGAAGUUGAAACUACAAAGGGUGAUAGAAUAUAGAGAGCAACUAAAUCUAAACAUAGAGAAAAUCGAGGAGAAGAUAAAACAGAAUUGGAAGACGAACUACAAGGAGAAUUAGAGGGAGAGAAAAAGAAGUUCGAAAUGGCUGUUUCGAGCGUCAUGGACAAAUGGAUUUGCCAAGCGAAAGUUGAAGGUAAGUUUAUAAAGAUAAGAUGAAAGAACAAAAACUACAUCAUAAUGUUGCCUUGUUCUUCGCGAUACUUUGUCUUCUGGUUCAGUCUGAGUGUUCUUCUUAGUAAACGCAGUUUUGUCAGAUCGCAGAUCGUUGUAGAAACUGCAUGCAGAAGAGUUUCUUUUUCAAUUGUUUGCUUCCCCUCCCCCAUCCCCAACACGGCCUGUAUUCAUUUUUAGCAUAAUUACUUAGGCUUCGGUUGUUCAAACCUUAGACAACGCUGUGUCCACCGGAUGCACCUGAAAGUCUAAGGAAAACCAAUUGGGUAAUCCACUGGCUGGAUAGAGAUUUAUCCAGUGGAAAGCGUUAUCCAAUUUUUGAAAACUGGGGAUUGGUGAUUAGAGUCUGAUUGGUCGAGGAUUGCGUCGUGUGUGGCUAUAUUAAUUUUUCCCAGCGCGGGGUGAUUUUAGUACCCAAAAGCAAAGAUCAGCCUUAUCGGCCUGUAAUCGUGCAACAAGGCAGGUUUAAAUGGGUUGGAAAAACUCGAAACAUUACUUUUCAACUAGUUUUGCAGCAAUGUUGCAAAACAAGAUGCAAGUUGCACGUUUUAUUGUUUAUUGUUUAUUUACUUUUUAGUCACUCAGACACAUAACAUAAAAAAGGUUGAGAUUAAUGAUUUUGUUUUUGCUUUGCAGAUAACGAAUCUACUCUUUUUGUUGUGCUUUUAACAAACAGUUUAGUUGU